UUCGUAAUAAACGGAAAUUCAUUAUCACCAUCACAGAGAUUCUAACUGGGGAAGCGAGCGAUUGAUUCCAAUGGCAAUGACUGCUCUCUCGUUUCGACUUUGUUCGUCUCCCUUAAUCUGCAGAGCCACUCUCGACCACCACGCGACCGAUGCUUCCUUCAUCCGACGCGCCGCCGAUCUCUCCGAGAUGUCCGCCGGACUCACAUCACCUCACCCUAACUUCGGCUGUGUAAUCGCCACUCCCUCCGGUAAAGUCGCCGGAGAAGGAUACCUCUACGCUCAGGGAACUAAACCUGCAGAAGCACUCGCCGUAGAAGCCGCCGGCGAGUUUUGCAGAGGCUCAACGGCUUAUCUAAACAUGGAGCCUGGUGAUUGUCACGGCGACCACACUGCCGUCUCCGCUCUUGUUCAGGCUGGAGUUGGUCGAGUUGUUGUCGGGAUAAGACAUCCUCUGCAACAUCUGAGAGGCGCUGCGAUCCGUGAGAUGAGGAGUCAUGGGAUUGAAGUGAAUGUUCUUGGAGAGGAUGUUCAGAGUAAAGUUCUUGAGGAUGCUAGGAAGUGUUGCCUUCUUGUGAAUGCUCCUCUGAUUCAUAGAGCUUGUUCUCGUGUUCCCUUCUCUCUUCUCAAGUAUGCCAUGACUCUUGAUGGUAAGAUUGCAGCAAGUAGUGGACAUGCAGCAUGGAUAAGUAGUAAGCUCUCUAGAACCCGAGUGUUCGAGUUACGUGGAAGAAGUGAUGCUGUGAUAGUUGGAGGAAACACUGUACGCCAAGAUGAUCCUCGGUUGACUGCAAGGCAUGGACAAGGUCACACGCCUACUCGGAUUGUGAUGUCUCAGAGUCUUGAUCUUCCUGAGAAAGCCAACUUAUGGGAUGUCUCGGAAGUAUCUACCAUAGUUGCCACACAAAGGGGUGCAAGAAAGAGUUACCAAAAGUUUCUCGCGUCAAAGGGUGUUGAGGUUGUGGAGUUUGACAUGUUGAACCCGAGAGAAGUUAUGGAAUAUUUCCAUCUCCGUGGAUAUCUCUCUAUCCUAUGGGAGUGUGGAGGAACAUUAGCUGCAUCUGCUAUUGCAUCCGGCGUCAUCCACAAGGUUGUUGCUUUCAUUGCCCCCAAAAUUAUCGGUGGGAGUAAGGCGCCGACCCCUGUUGGUGAACUUGGGAUGGUAGAGAUGACACAAGCAUUGAAUCUAAUCGAUGUUUGCUACGAGCAGGUUGGUCCAGACAUGCUUGUCAGUGGAUUUCUUCAGCCCGUACCAGACCUUUUACCUGUUAUCCCUUCGGAGGACGCAACUUUCGAGAUUGACCCUAGUGUUAACCCCUUUGAGUCUAGUAUCAUAUUCUUCUACAAAACAUGGGACCUUUAUGGAAGCUUCUCAAAUUUCUCUCCGCAUCCAAUUCGAAUGCCAUAUGGUGAUGGUUACAGAACAUGGUCCAGUGUGGAGCAUUACUAUCAGGCAAACAAGUUUGUGGGAGUUGAAAAUCCGUUAGCACAUGACUGCGUUGAGAAAAUAAGAACAGCGAAAAGUCCAGAGGAAGCUGCUUUUAUAGGCAGAUCAAAGCAGAGACAGCAACCUGAACUGGUUCGGAGUGACUGGGAAGAUGUGAAGAUAGAAGUAAUGUACAUGGCUCUGAAAUGCAAGUUCUCUACUUAUCCUCACUUGAAAAAAAUGUUGCUCUCAACCGCUGGAUCGGUUCUUGUGGAGGCUUCACCGCACGAUCUAUUCUGGGGAGGUGGUCGCGAAGGAGAAGGGCUCAACUAUCUUGGUAGACUACUUAUGCAGCUUCGUUCUGAGUAUUUGGGCGAAUCCUCUGUUUCAGCUGAGAACACUUCCUUGGCCUUAUGAUGGGCUGUUGAGUCUUAACUCUCAUAUCAUAUGUACCCCCAAAAAGUUAUCAAUAGAAUUUUCAGUUUUCUGUAAUAUGUUGACAUUUUACAUUAUUGUAAUUCUUCAAAUCUUUUAAAACAUUUAUGAAAGAAUGUACCAGUUCUGUAAUAUUCCAUAGUUGAUUUAAAUUUUAGUUUGAGGCUUUGAGCAA